CAGGCGCGGUGCAAAAUUUAACAAUGCAGUCACUUAUCCAAAUUGUAAAUAAACUGCAAGAUGUUUUUGCAAUAGUUGGUGAACAACAAAUGGUCGACUUACCACAAAUUGUGGUAGUGGGAACACAGAGUUCUGGUAAAAGUUCUGUGCUAGAAAGCAUCGUAGGAAAAUCAUUUCUACCUCGAGGAACUGGUAUAGUUACCAGAGCGCCAUUAGUCAUACAAAUGAUUAGGUAUACCGAAGAAACAAGAAAAUCAAUGUUAAUGUCAAAUAACAUUGAAGAGAGUGAAAACAUUAAAGAAUGGGCAGAGUUUCUACAUAAGCCUGAUUAUUUUUUUUUCGAUUUUGAUUUGGUACGCAAGGAAAUUGAAGAUAAAACAAACAGUCUUGCAGGAACUAAUAAGGGCAUAUCUGUUAACAAAUCAAUUGUAUUGAAAAUCCAUACUAAUCGCUACGAUCUGACUUUUGUAGAUUUACCAGGUAUAACAAAAGUGGCGGUUGGAGACCAACCUGAAGAUAUAGAUGAACAAAUACAGAAAUUGAUUAUUUCAUAUGUAAAGCAAUCCAAUUCAAUUAUUUUAGCAGUGGUGACUGCGAAUACGGAUCCGUCAACAAGCGAAAGCCUUCAAAUAGCGAAGAAAAUGGACCCAGACGGCAUCAGAACAAUAGCAGUAGUUACGAAAUUGGAUAUAAUCGAUAAAGGAACGCUUCAAAACACUAGUGAUUUACUGUGCGGUCACAAUAUACCAGUGAAACUAGGUAUCAUCGGUGUGGUGAACAGAAGUCAACAAGACAUCGUUGAUAAUAAAUCAAUGGAAGCGACGCUAUCGGCAGAAACAGAAUUUCUAAGAUCUAAUUACCCAGAUAUAUGUACGAAACACGGAAACAAGGCGUUAGUUCACACUUUACAGACGGUUUUGAUAACACACAUAAAAAAAGUUUACCCACAACUUCGAAUUCAACUGGAGGUAAUUAAAAAUAAACUGGAAAGACAACUUUUGCCUUUGUGUAAACCUGAUGACCAAAUAUCGUUUUUAGUAGGACUCUUAAAAGAUAUUAGUAGGUCGUACGAAGACAUUAUUAACGGUGAUCAAAACGAAAUUUCGGUUGAUGAAAUUGUGGGCGGUGCCAGUAUCGCACGAAUAUUCCAACAAAAAUAUUUAAAGAGAAUAAACGCUAUAGACCCCCUUCAAGAUUUAUCAGAUGAAAAUAUUGCAAAUAUCUUAUCAAACACAUCGGGCACUUACCAAUGUACUUUUGUCAAUGAAAAGGGGUUACAAAAAAUAUUAAGACGACAAUUAAAUAACUUAAUUGAGCCGUCGUUGGACUGCGUAGAAUUGGUGCGCUUUGAGAUGUUAAAUCUUUUUAAUGCCAUUGACGUCAAAUUGUUGGACACACUUGGACGAUAUCCGCAACUCAAAGAAGAUGUACGAAAUGUGUUUGAGAAGUUGAUGUACAACAAUUUGAAUAGGACCAAAGAAUUUAUUGCAUCGUACAUAGAAUCUUAUCAGGAGUGUAUAAAUACAGCAAAUCCAGAUUUUAUUUUGGAAAUAGUAAAAUCCAACGAUAAAAUUCAAGAAGAAAUUCUCGCAGCGGUAAACAUAAAGAGGCACGAAAGUGAUUAUAAACCAGAACUAGUUUUGGGCCCAACCGGGAUGCCGAUUUUUCCGAUACCCGACAGAAUGGGGCUAACCGAAAGAUUAACAUUUAUUAGAAUUCAAAUGUUGAAUCAAUUAUUAACAGGUCUGAAUAACCAGGAUGUACCCCUGGAAUCGUCUGAACAAAUAAAAUUGCACAGAUAUUUAAGUCAAUGUUAUUUUGAGUACAUUAGGAAAAUCGUGCGGGACUUUGUUCCUAAAAGAAUUAUCCACAAAAUGGUAAAUUCGUUUUUAAAAGACCUCGAUAAAUGUUUAAACGAAGAAAUAUUUCAAACUUAUUUAAAAGAAAAUAAAAUUGCUGAAUUAUUUUUAGAAGAAGCAAAUAUCAGGAAAAAAAGAAUAGAUGCUGAAACCAAGUUGGAAGCCGUUGGAAAAGCGUUAAAAAAUAUGGUUGAUAUUAUAUAUUGACAAUUUAUUCUUUUAAAAUGUAUAAUUUUCUUUAAAUAUAAUUCAGAGUAAAAAUAUACAAUAACUAAUCAUCAAUAUCGUUUAUAAAUUUGAACUUAUUUCUAACGCUUUUUUUUUAUUAUUAUUAUUUAACUAAGAAUCAUCAUUGUGAUUAUUAGUCGACGAUUACAUUAUUUACACAAUACAGUAUAAGUUACAUUUACGUACAUUAAAUUACAUUAAUCUGUUUAUAUUUGUUCACUGAUUUACUUAGAUUAUAAAUUAUUAUAUAAUAUUAUUAUUAAUUAGAUGAUGAGUUAAGUUAGGUUGGAUUUAGAUUUCAUUGUACUUACUGGCGAAUCGUAUAUUUUAUUCUAUACAUUUUUUAAGGAAUAAGGCCAUAAGGCUGUUUUAUUUCAUGUUACAAAUUUUGUAUUGUUCGUAAUGUUCUUUUGCUUACAAAUGUAGGCUAUUUUUAUUUAUUAUUAUGUUCAAUCAAUUUAAUUUAGGUAAUUUUAAUUUUUAAUGACAUUAUGUAAAAAACUAAUACGUAGGUAUAAAUAUUUUACAUAUAUCUACGAAUCUUACAUUUUGGUGGUAUAUAAAUAAUGUUUAAAUGAAAAAAUAAAAUAUUUUUUUAAAUUAAGCAAAGAAUAAAUUAUAUUAUAGGACCUAUUAUGUUGAAACACUCUUUUCUAAGAAUUAAAUCCUGGCCACACACAAAAAAUGUUAUCAAAAUCGGUCCGGUCGUUUAAGAAGAGUUCAGUGAUUAUACGCGUGGGCGGAAGAAAUAUAUUAUAUAAUAUAAAGAUAGCUGUUAGGUAUAUAAUAUUGUGUGUACCAGUGUACCUAAUACAGUAAUAUACCUAGCGGCUAGCAUUGAUUUUAAAUACUAAAUAGUAUUUAUGGUGUAUUUAUAUCAACCUAAUUUGAUUUCAUGAUUAUAUUAUACUUAAUUAUU